UUACAGAUUGACCUCGGAGUCCUUUUUAUAUGAUGCAGUCACUGAAAUGGGACUAUAUCGAUAUCCUAUUGACCAGAAUACUUUUCAAGUCCUAAUUCCAAAAGUAUUUGUUGUAAUCUUCAAGAACGACCCUUCCAUAUCUUCUUUGGAAAAGAUACUUUUUGGAUCACUUGAUGUAGAACCAGUAGAUUGUUUCUUCUAUUCAAAGUGUCGUGUAUUUGAAGGAAUUGUUGCUUUACGACUAGUUUUGAUGUUGUCUUCAAAGAAUCGAAAUGAGUUGAGAGAAUUGUUGUGUCAAUUGUCUCCAAUAUGGAAACAAAUGAAACUUCCAAUCAGUACAAUAUCACCUAUUCACUAUAUCAAGUCUGUUGUUAGUUCUAGAGAAACAAGAAGUGAAUCGAACAAGAGUCGAAGAACUUUUGCCAAUACUGAAUGGAAUAAGAUUAUUCGAGAGACACUUUAUUUAGAGACUAUUUACAUUCCUUUGGACGCUACUUCUCAUAGUCCUGAUAUUAUAUUCAAAUUACAAUCUCCUGUGGAACCCAAAGUUCUUACUGUUGGAGUUGCAUGUAAACGACGUUGGAAGUCGGAAGGAAUUGGCUGGUCAGAUAUUAUAGAUGAAGCCAAGAAAUUUUUAGAUCCUGUUUAUGAUCAAGUCUUAUCCAGUGCAAUGGAUUCAUUCUCAUCAUUGUAUGCUGAUUAUAGUCGGUACAAAAUUAUCAUUGAAUGUUUCCAAUGAAUUGGGUAAUCAGAGUCGUUGUUACUCCAGUGGAAUGUUUAUUAGAGGUGAUUUGUUCAAAGCACCUGAUAACUGUGAACUUGUUAUUCUUUGUGAAAGAGAUGUCCAAUUGUUGAUUGACA